AUGAAGCGCAAAGCACCUCCGAGCGAGCAGCCUCCUGCGAAGAAACGAAUCGUCUCCGACAGCCAUGGCAACAUUCAGUCAGCAUUUCGGUCGGACCUUUUCGAUGAAGAGACAACAGAAAGCUUCCGCAAGGGAUACCAACAAGCUAAACCCUAUCCCCACGCUGUGGUACGUUCUCUGAUCGAGGACUCCCUUCUGCGAUCGGUCCGCCAGGAGAUUACCACCCACAUCCACUUCACCUUGAAAGAGACCGACAUCUACCGCAUCCACCAAUCCGGCGACCUUGCGAACCUUUCGCACCUCGAUGCUGAAUCCCUGAAGCACCUCCCGAGCCUAGUCCGUCUUAGAGAUGCUCUCUAUAGCGCCGAGUUUCGAGAAUGGGUGGCGACAGUCACGGGCGCCGGCAAAGUGUCUGGAAUGAAGACGGAUAUGGCUGUAAAUGUCUACACUCCAGGCAGCUAUCUGUUAUGCCACGACGAUGUGAUUGGUAGUCGAAGAGUCAGCUACAUUCUCUACUUGACAGAUCCCGAGCAUCCGUGGCAGCCUGAAUGGGGUGGUGGCCUGCGACUCUAUCCGACGGACACCAAGAAGAACAGGCAGGGCGAGGACAUCCAAGUGCCACGCGCCGAUCACAGUCUGAACAUUCCCCCCUCGUUCGGUCAACUGAGCUUCUUUGCUGUUCGACCUGGAGAGAGCUACCAUGACGUAGAAGAGGUCUACCACGGUCCAAAUCUCGAAGCGGACGGAGGACGAAUCCGCAUGGCAAUCAGUGGCUGGUUUCACAUCCCGCAGGAGGGCGAGGACGGAUUUGAAGAGGGUAUGGAACAAACGCAGGCUCAAAAAUCCAGCCUGGCGCAGCUCAAGAGUGCGUCGAGCGAGUUUGAUGUACCGCAGCUUGUUUUCCGCCAUUUCGACGAGCCGAGAAUGGUCAUGGACAGUCAGGCAGCCAGGAGAGAAAUUGAUCCCGGUGACGAUCUUGAUACGGACGACAACAUCCUGACCGAGCAAGACCUGACCUUCCUGUUGCACUACAUGACGCCGCAUUACUUGACUCCAGACAUGAUCGAAGAAUUCUCAUCCUCAUUCGCUGAUAUGUCUGUACUGCAACUCGACCACUUCUUCAAUCCGACAUUUGCUGCUAAUCUCAAGGAAUACAUCUCCAACAUUGAGAAUGACGAAGAUGAUGUACGUGCGCCAUCAGCCAGAGCCUACCACCCCUCUACCUGGAAGGUCGCCCGCCCACCUCACAAGCACCGGUAUGCGUACCUCCAGACCGAUGAAGCCUUGCAUCGUGAUAAAUGUCCGAUCUCUCGCAUCUUGGCCGAUUUGAUUCACUCACAUGCCUUCAAGAAAUGGCUGGCGCUUGUUACGGGUCUGAAGACAAAGAGCCUUAUUCGGCAAAGUGCCAUAGCUCGACGAUUCCGUCGAGGCAAGGACUAUGCUCUGGCACAUCCGUACCAAGGGGACGCACCGAAAUUGGAAUUCACGAUCUCCCUGACGCCCACUGAAGGAUGGGAACGCCAAGGCAUUGCCGAUGAAGAAGCAGAUGCAAGCAAACAGAAGAAUGAGAAGAAGGAAUUGAACGGAGAUUCCGAUCAUUCGAAUGGUCAUAACGACAAAACCCAGGUCAAGGCCAUGGAAGUGGACAGUCUCCGAGAUUCAGACCCAGCAGAAAUUGAAUUCGGUGGCGAAGAAAUCUACAUGGUUGGGGAUGACGACGAAGAUGAGCAGCUGGCUAGUCCCAAUUCCAAAGUCUUGCCGAGCGUUGGCAAGAAGCCCUCUCACGAUCCGGCCGUCUACAAAGCUGGAGAUGACGAAGACGACGGCAUCCUCUUUACGAACGCGGCAGGCUGGAACAGGUUUAGCAUUGUGCUCAGGGACAAAGGCACGUUGAGAUUUGUGAAGUAUGUGAGCCAGGCUGCGAAAGGGGAUCGAUGGGACUUGAAAGGCGAGGUGGAAGUCGACGAAGCCGGUUGGGAUGGGGCGGACGAUGAUGAAUGUGAAGGUGAAGAAGGCGGUGAAACUGGUGAAGAUGAAGCCGAAGACGAGAUAGAUGCAAAUGAUGUGGAUGACGAUGAAGACGAAGAAGACGAAGAAGACGACACAGCGAUGUAA